UCACCGGAAGUUACAAUCACAAGCUUCCGAGGAUGACAAAAAAAAAGAAAGAAAGAUGGCGCUGCCCAUGUUAAGAGGUUGUCACAGGUUUCCAUCAACAUUAAGCUUUACCCGUCUCUGUUUAAAUGAAAGUGUCAUCCUGAACCGGUCCGGUAAACGGUGGCUACCUUCUCCAUCGCCUGCCGCCGUGGUAGCGGCGCUGCGCCCGUACAGCUCCGACCGCGGCGGGCAGAACCAGAACCAGAAGGUGGUGGUUCUCGGCAUCCCGAAUCCCUUCAUCUGGUUUCGCACCCGAAUAUACUACUUCCUGAUCCGGGCGUACUUUGAUAACGAGUUCAACAUUGAAGAGUUCACGGAGGGAGCGAAGCAGGCCUUCAUCCAUGUUUCCAGACUAUUGGCAGGGUGUGAGUUUGAAGCCUUGGAAGGGCUCGUGGCUAAAGACUUGAUCACAAAGCUGGAGGAAAAGUGCAAUGUGCUGCCAUCGAGCCACAAAAAAGCCCUCUCUGCAGACGCUGAUGACAUCAUGUACACGACGCCUGGAGACGUGACGAUCUACUAUGAUGAUGAUGGGAGGAAAUUUGUCAAUAUUCUGAUGCGUUUCUGGUAUCUGACAAGUGCUCAUCUUCCCAACGACACCAUUGAGGGAACCCGUGUGUUCCAGGUGGCCAUCGGUGGAGAGGGAGAAGCAGAGACGAAGAGAAUCCUCAGUGCAAACUAUGAAUUCCAGAGGGAGUUCACAAAGGGAGUGCCUCCGGACUGGACCAUUACGAGGAUAGAGCACUCCAAGCUUUUGGAUUGAGGUGGCUAUGAUUUGUGGCUGUUGUGCCACUGGAAAUGAAUCAAAGACAUCAAAAUUGCCCCUGAGCAUUUGCUUUCGUUAAAUUGUGUAAAACAAGAGCAGCUUGAGAUUAACCACAGAGGGGAAAACGUGAUUCAUCGCCUCACUGGGAAGUCAGAGGAAACCACCGGGACAAACUUGGAUUCACUCACUAUUCACUGUCGAAAAGACACAUCUAUUCUCAGAGAGACUGCCCAGAUCUGUUUGCAGUAUAACAGUGUUUCUUAUCGUAUUCUUCAAUAUCUCUGAUAUCCACCCCUAGACUACAGUAGGUGUGGGAACACUUGAACUUGAACUUGUCAUUUGAACUCACCUUGCACCCCUUCUUGGAAACUCAUCUUUUUUGUUGUUGUUGUAAAGACCGACUACAGUUUGGUACUUCAGACGCGGGACUGUGUGGUAUAGCGAUAUUACAAUUCAAUGUUCCAGAUUUAUCUCUUUUCUUUUUUUUCUUUUGUCCCACACAACCUGUUGCAGUAAUCUGACUCUGAAAUACAUGCUAUAUAUGUACCGUAUGUGUACACGUGUUUGCAAUGAUUGAGGCAGCUAGAUGCAGCUGCAGCAGACCCUUGAUUGUUUUAUUAAAAAUGUGAUAAAUUAAAAAUGUGCAUAGUUA